AUGAUUAAAUCAUUAGGAAAUUAUGAAAUGAUUGCUACGGACAGCAUUUCAUCACCUCUCUGUAUGAAUUGGACAAGAUUACUUGUUAUUUAUCUACUGAAUGCGUCAUUAUAUGCCUAAACGUUAGUGUAUUCUUCAUUUUUUGGAUCAGACUAUUAAAAUGGUAUAAUAGUAGUUGAAAUACAUUAUCUAGAUUGGGUAGUCUAAUACUCAAACGGUAUCAUAACAACUUGUGGAUCUGACAUGAUUUUUGGAGGUCAACCAAAUUUUCAUUGGGGUACGAUAAUAGAAAAAAAUAUUGAGUUACUUCCUCAUACAACCUUGUAAGUCAAGUUUAAAUUCUGGCAGUAAAAAAUAAUAUUUGUUUUUAGCAUUGAUAAUUGGGGAGGUGAAAAUAUCGAUGUGUUAGUUGAUAAUAAUAGAGUUUACUAUUAGACUUACGAUUCUUAAUUCACUUCACCUAGUAUUUGUGGUGAAUCAGGUCCUUCUUUUGGAGAUGGUGUAAGUUCAGUAGAUGUCACUACUGAUCAUUAAAAUGCAAAUGCAUUAAUAACAAUUAUAGGACAUCAAAAUUAUUGGGGAAUAUCUUCUUUUCAAGUUUGGACCACUUAUUCUAUUUAAGGAUGCAAUUCAUUAGAAAUAACAAAUAGAUUUAAUGAAGCAUAAUUAAUUUCAAAAUUUAAUCAAAAAUUAUAUUAUAGAGAUAGAUUGUUAUAGCCACAAGUAAUUUUGACCUUUACAUCUUGCUUUGGUAAAUUAAUAAUCUAUAAUAGAGCAAUAAAAGGUAAUAUCAUCAGGAGAUUACGUUAUGUAAGAAUUCAAUUUAGAAUAUCAUGGUACUACCUGUAUAUCACUUAAGUAACUAAGUUCAAUAUCAAACCCAUACUAUAUUUAUUUCUAUAUAAACGACAAAAUGUUAUUAAGUUCAAAAUCAUCUAAUGAAGUAUCCUCAUAAGUAAUUUGUGAUGUGCAGAUUUUAAAAGAGACUACUGUUUUAUAUUCUAAUUAUUACAAAGCAAUAAAGCUCAGAAUAUUAGCUUAUUGGCUUUUAGGAAGUUAUGUUUAGACAUUCAAUUUAGAUGAUUUUCCUCUAGUCAUAUUUCUAAAAGAUGAUCAAGAUUGCUUGGAUGAAAACAAAGAUCCUUUUGAUGGAUGCUUUUCAGGAAGAUAUGAUUGUACUCAAGGUUGUAGUAAUUGUAUUAGAGGUCUUUGUAUUGAAUGUUAGAAAGGAUGGGAUUAUGAUAUUUUAGACUAAACAUGUUAACCAAUAUGUGGAGAUCAAAUAAUUACAUAUAAUGAAGAAUGUGAUGAUGGGAAUAUAUAUGAAUUUGAUGGUUGUUUUUAAUGCAAGUUUUCAUGCGUUCAAUUCUGUAAAUAAUGUGUAUAUGGUCAAUGCUUAUAAUGCCAAUCGAGUUAUUAAUUGAUAGACAAAAGAUGUGUAGAAGUAAAUGGAAUUUCAGAUUAAAAAUCAGAAGACAACACCUUUAUUUAAAUUUCUAAUUAGUUAUAUUAUGGCAAUUAUUAUCAUAAAUUAUUACAUGAUUAAUUUGCGGAUCCUUUACCUGUCAAUAAAGUUGAUUGUAAUAUGUAAACAUAUGAGAUAUUUGGAUAUUAUUAUCAUCAACGUAGUACAAAACAAAUACUAAAUUGUUUAUAUAGUCAAUUUGAUAAAUGUCUAGAAUGUGAAAUAUUUUAUAAGUUAUCUUGGAAUAAGAAAGAAUGUAUUCCUUAAUGUGAUGAUGGAAUUAAAAUUGAAUAUGAAUUUUGUGAUGACUAAAAUAAUGCAUAAUUUGAUGGGUGUUAUAAAUGCUAAGCAAGUUGCUAAUUAGAAUGUAUAUUAUGUAUAGAAUUAUAAUGCUAUGCUUGUCUUGAAGGAUGGUAAAUUAUAGAUAAUAAAUGUUUUCAAAAGUGUGGAGAUGGUUAACUUGCUGUUUCAUCUUAAGAGUAAUGUGACGAUGGAAAUGAUAUUUCUUAUGAUGAUUGUAAUGAUUGUAAAUUUGUUUGUGAUCAAAAUUGUUUCUCGUGCGCCACUUCUAAUCUUUGCUUUUUAUGUAAUAAAUAUUUUGAAUUGGAUGCAAAUAAAUUAUGUAAACCAAAAUGUGGAGAUGGAAUAAUAUUAUUUGGAUUAGAAGAAUGUGAAGAUUUAAAUAAUAUUCCAUAUGAUGGUUGCUAUUAAUGUAUGUUUUAAUGUGAUCUUUAUUGUUCUAAAUGUAAUCAAGGCAUAUGCUUUGAAUGUUAUCAAGGGUAUGAGUUACAUUUAGAUGGAUGCAAAAAAAUACUGAUUCCAAAUGAAAUUGAUUAUCCAGAAAAUUAGAAUAACAAACCAUAAUGUGGAGAUGGUAAUCAAACUAAUUCAGAGUAAUGCGAUGAUGCUAAUCAAGAUAAUUUUGAUGGUUGUUCAAGUCGUUGCAAGAUAGAGGAAAAUUGGAUUUGUACUUCAGAAUAGCCAAAUUAAUGCUAUGUAAAAACUAUAUUUUCCUUAAUAUAUUAAAAUCAAACUUACGAACAUUAAUAUGUUGUCAUGUAGUUUUCAAACCAAGUAAAAUAGAUUUCGACAUUCAAUUUUACAUAAUCAAUUUUAUCAAAAAUACUUAAUUUAAAUUAAGAUCAAUAUUAAAUAACUGUAAAUCCAGUAGUGAAUGUAAGUGACACAUAGUUUACCAUUGGCUUAUUUGAAUUUGAUGUCUUGUUUUUAGAUUCUGCUUCAAUUCUACCAAAUUUAUCUAUUUCGAUCAACUAAAGUUUAAUUGAUAGCAAUAACAUGCCAGUCGAUCUCCCAACAUAAACAAUUUUACUUUAACAACCUAAGGUUUUAACUAAGGAGUAAAUUAAUGUUGCAAAUAAAUUUUAAAACUUUGGGAAUGCUUUAAUGAUAGGCUUAGGAGCUUUUAGUGUAUUAAUGCUAUUUAUUGGAGAUCCAUAAUAAAGUGUUGAAAUUUUCGACACUCUACAAUUUUAAUCUUAUUUAAAAUUUAUAAAUGUAAUUUACCCUCAAAAUCUCUUAAUAUAUUUUCGUGCUUCUGAAAUUGUAUCUGUGAGUCCAAUCCUAAUAACCUUUAAAUUGACAGACUUUUUUUAUUCUAUAUUUCAACAAAACUUUAUCAAAAGCAUAGGCAAGCUAUCUGAAUAUUAAAUUAAUGCUGAUCUCCUUUAGAAUAUUUAGAGUUAGAUGUCUUAAUUUAGUUUGAUUGCUCUUUUGUAUAUCUUUUUAUAAUUCUACCCAAAGUACUCUCUCAAAUAUUGUUUUACCUCUAAUUAUUUUCAAUAUAUUAGCUCUAGUAAAUACAGAGUUGUAGAAAAGGUAGGAAUUCAAUUAUAUAAAUUCAAUUAACAAUUCAUCAAUAUAAAGUAGCUCUAUACAAUGAAAGGUUUAAAGCAGAUAUGCUAUGCAAAUGCUUGGGAUUUGCUUUUUAAAGUUAUUCUAUUUAUGGCAUCGAAUAAUGAAUCUGGAAUUCGAUCAAACAUAUCUUAAUGUAUUUCUAUUGGAGUGUUGAGUAUGUUUGCUUACUUUUUAAGUCUACAUUGCAAAGGAUUGACUAAACAUCUUGAUAUUGUGAAAUUUAGAAAUGAAUAGCAUGAAGGCAUAUGUUUAUUGAAAAAAAUGAUUUUCAUCCUAACAUUAAUUGAUUUUCAAGAAAGUGAUAUAUUUUAAUGUGCAAUGAUAACUGCUUUGAUUUUUUCAUAUAUUGGAUUUUUAUUAAUGAUCAAAUAAAAUAUACCAAAAUUGGAAUUAAUUGGAAUAAUUUGGAUGGAAGCUCCAGUAAUGCUUUUUACGUUGACAAGUUUAGUCUAUUGCUCUGACUUUUAUAAUUAUUUGUCAACUGAAUUUCAAAUUUUCUUAGGAUUUUGCUAAAUAGGAAUUUUGAUUCUUGGUUUAUUAGGACCAUUAGUUAAACUUGGGAUUAAACUUUAACAAGAAAUUUAAUAAUAUUGUAGGAAAAGGAAACUAUAAAAUCCUCAAUCUAAAGUAGAAGUAACUUCAAUUCAUAUCUUUGAUGAAGUCAAUUGA